GUUUUAAUAUAGUAAGAUGAUGAUUCGUGGAUCUACCCUUCGUUCAAAUUUGAAAACCUUGACUUCCCGUCGUUUUAUAGCUACUGCCAAUUCCCAAACAAAAUACACUACUUUGGGUAAUGGUGUUACUUUAGCCACUGAAACCAAUCCAAAUGCUAAUUCAUCAACAUUGGGGGUUUAUUUUGGUGCUGGUUCUAGAGCUGAACAUCAAUACAAUAAUGGUUUAUCAGCUUUAACUGCCAAUGUAUUAUCAAAUGGUUUUAAUAACGGUGUUCUUUUAUCCACUGAAAAUACUAGGGAAUUGAAUGGUUUAGUUGCCGAAACUACCAAUGAAAAUGUAAUUGAAGCAGCUAAACUCUUAUCAAAAAUUGUUUCUAAUACUAGUGAAAUCUUAAGUAAAGCUGAUCUUGAACAACAUAAAAAACAAUUAAUUGCUCAAGGUGAAAAAUUAGAAUCAAUCCCACAAAAAAUGAUCACUGAACAUUUAAAUGCAUCUGCUUUCCAAGGUUAUUCCUUGGGUUUACCAGUUUUAGGUAGUGCCGAUUCAAUUAAGAAUUUAGAAGUUCAAGAUUCCGAACGUUUAUUAAAUAAACAUUUAGUUAGUUCUAAUGUCGUUAUUGCUGGUUCUGGUAACUUUUCCCAUGAAAAAUUAGUUGAAGCUCUUGAAGGUUCCUUAAAAGUUGAACAAGGUAUAAAACCUGAAAUUAAACCAGCUUCUUUCUUAGGUUCUGAAGUUAGAAUGAGAGAUGAUACUUUACCAAAAGCUUAUAUUACUUUUGCUGCUCAAGGUGAAGGUUUAGCUUCUCCAGCUUACUAUGUUUCUAAAGUUGCUGCUGCUUGUUUUGGUGAUUUUGAUCACCAAAAGGCAAAUGCUAAAUUUACUUCUGCUAAAUUAGCUUCAAUUGUUCAAGAUUAUCAUAUUGUUGAUAAAUAUUCUCAUUUCUCUACUUCUUAUUCCGAUACUGGUUUAUGGGGUUUCAAUGCUGAAAUUUCAAACGUUGAAUCUGUUGAUGAAUUUAUUCAUUUCACUUUGAAAGAAUGGAAUAGAUUAUCUAUCUCUAUUAGUGAUGCUGAAGUUGCUCGUGCUAAAGCCAAUGUUAAAACUGCUAUAUUAGCCGAAUUAAACUCUUCUAAAGCUAUCACUAGUGAUAUUGCUACUAAAGUCUUAUUACAAGGUUACAGAUCUUCUGUUAAAGAAAUUUUGGAAAAAAUUGAUUCUAUUCAAACCAAAGAUGUUAAAGCUUGGGCUCAAGUUGCCUUAUGGGAUAAAGACAUUGUUAUCUCUGGUACUGGUCAAAUCGAAGGUUUGUUAGAUUACAUGAGAUGGAGAAACGAAAUGGCCAUGAUGAGAUGGUAAUCGAUAAACAUAAUUUAAAGAAAGUCAUAUAUAUAUAUAAAUAAAUCCCAAAAAAUUUCAUAUAAGAUUUGUUUUUGUAAGUUGUUACAAUUACAAACAAUUACAUCCAUAUAAACUUAAUUUAUUCCAAACAAUCAACUUUUACUUCAAGUGAUUAUUAUAUUUUACCUUACUUGGUUUUGUUGAUUUUCAUCUUGUUCAUACUAUUCAUUAUCUUUUUAUUAUUAUUAUUAUUAUUAUCUUAACUUAUU